AUGCACACCGUGACAAAGACCUCGGAGGGCUCUGCAGGCGAGACCACGCAACCGGAUCGUCUAGCGAAUAGAGCUCCUGGCUCCGUCAAGUCGACCAACCUCGGAUCGCUGGACCCGUCCUUCACGCCGGCCACGGCAUGCACGUCCUUGACCAUCGGGGUAAGUUUCGACGUUCAAGACGGUACAACCACCACCGUCGGCUUCAACUGGGGCCGUACAUGCAGCGACGGGUGGUUCCUAGCAGUCGACACCUCUUGCUACCCUCCUAGCUACGCGACAGCGUACGUGGACGUGAUCCGUCGCGGACGCGGCUCGGACACCUUUCCAGUCCACUCGCCUGCUUCUCGUUGCCCGGAGAGAUUCUCGUCCGCCUGCGGGUUUGGCGGCCCGAACGCUUCCGUGGACUCGACUCGCCGGGACUUUGACACCGUCAUGAGCAGCAUGAUUGCGGAAACGCAAACAGCAGUCGGCCGCUGCCCAAGCGGGUACUUGGUAUUCGCCGCAGCGCCUUGCUUGGUCCUCGUCCGAGACGUGCCCGCCACCGAAUCCGCGACGACGACGACGACAACGACGAUGACGACGACCGGCGCUCUCGCUUCCCCCCCGAGCACCGCGACCGGCACCAACAGCACGGCUGCCGCUCCCAGCAGCCGCGGCGGUCUUUCAACCGCUGCCGCAGGGGCCAUUGGUGCCGCCGUGCCCUUGGCUCUCAUGCUCGCAGCGCUGGUCGUGUUCGUCUUGCUUCGGAAACGAUCGCGCCGUUCUGCCGCUGCCGCUCAAUCCACACAGACUGGCGCCGACUUGUCGAGAAAAGAAUCUUCUGGGCCCAUUGGUGGCGACUGCGGUGGUGCCGUGGAGAUGGACGGCUCGGACCAGAAGUGGCCGGGCGAUACUGGCCGGGCGCUCACGGAUCCCGCUGCGGCCAUCGGUGUAGGUGCAAGCCUUGGUAGCGCAUCGGAGUUGCAUACUUCGAUCGCGCAGCCUCGCUCGCAUGAUGCUAUCGUCGAGUUGCCCGCCGAGGCCAAACGUGUAUGUGACUAG